AUGAAGUUCGGGAAGAGCAUCUGCGUGCUUAACGUAGGGGGAACCCGGUACGCCUUCACCCGUGAGGUGAUCAGGGAUUUCCCUCUCAGACGCGUCAGCCGCCUGAUUGCCUGCGCAACCGAGAAAGAGGUCCUUGAACUCUGCGACGACUACGACCGGGACCGGAAUGAGUUUUUCUUCGACCGCCACGCGCAGGCUUUCGUGUUCAUUAUGUUGUACGUGCGCUCCGGCAAACUCCGAUUUGUACCCGGAGUGUGUGAGCUGUCCUUUUACACAGAGAUGCUCUACUGGGGGCUGGAGAGCGCGCACUUGGACUCCUGUUGCCAGAAACGCCUGGACGAUAGGAUGUCCGACAUCGGACUGGACACUCUGUCUGAGGAGGACAUUGGGGAUGAGCCCCAGAGCCCAGGCGAGUCAGUGCAAGAGCCUGAGCUCACAUGCCGCGCUAGGUGGCUCGAGAAAAUGCGCAAGACGUUUGAGGAGCCCAACUCUUCCCUUGCAGCGCAGCUUUUGGCUUCAGUGUCCGUGAUCUUUGUGAUCGUCUCUAUGAUCAUGCUGUGCGCUAGCACCCUGCCGGAUUGGGAUACAGCCAAGAGAAAUACUGUGGAGGAGCACAGGAUAGUGGAGGCAGUGUGUAUUGGCUGGUUCACAGCAGAGUGCAUAGUCCGCUUUCUGGUGGCCAAAGACAAGUGGGACUUCCUCCGCCGGCCACUCAACAUCAUCGAUGUGAUUGCCAUCACCCCCUACUAUGUCACCAUGGCGAUGGCCCGGGCAGGGAUGCCGGGUGCUGGGCUCGGGGUUGCUGGAGUGAUACUUCGGGUGCUGCGGAUGAUGAGAGUGUUCUGGCUCAUGAAGCUGGCCAGACACUUCCUGGGGCUGCAGACUCUGGGGCUGACUCUCAGGCGCUGCUACAGAGAGAUGGUCAUGCUGAUGGUGUUUGUCUGUGUUGCCAUGGCUAUAUACAGCGCCCUGGCCCAGCUACUGGAGCACGGCUUGAAUCUGGGCACCCAGAACAGUGAUUAUGCCAGCAUCCCUGCAGCUGCCUGGUGGGUCAUCAUCUCAAUGACAACAGUGGGAUAUGGGGAUGUGUACCCGGUGACAAUUGGAGGACGGGUGCUUGGGGGUAUGUGUGUAGUGAGUGGCAUUGUGCUGCUGGCACUGCCUAUUACAUUCAUCUACCACAGUUUUGUUCAGUGCUACCAUGAACUCAAACUGCGCUCCGCCAGAUAUGCGCGCAACCUGUCAGCAGAGAUGCUGCGAUGAACCUGUAUACCAAACAUCUAUCCUGCUUACCAUCCUGCCUACAAGAGACAGAAACUCUGAUGACAAGAAGACCGUCAAAUGUGUGAACUGCCCCCUUUUCCCGACAGAUUUUAUUUUCCCUGUCUAGAUCCAGGUACAAUAAAUUUACUAGAAAAAAACCCUUUAAACAUUUAUACAUCAAAUAGAAAACAGAAGACUAAAAAUAACUUAAUUGUGAAAUUGUGCAAUACCUUCAUGUGUUUCUCUUUAUUUUGUUUUCAGGGUUAUUUUUAUUUCCCCUUUGCAUCAGACAAACAAAUUGUCAUUAUAAAAAAUAACUUUUAAAGUCUUUCCGUUCAUCAUCAGAGUAUCUUCAAACAUUUGGUUAAUGCAGAAUAUAUAAAUAUCAGCGAAUUAAAUUGGUAAAUGCCAAUAGAACAGCAUUAGUCAACAAGCUGAUACAGGCCGAUAUGUUGGAGCAUCCCUACAAAACAAAUGACAAGAAAACAACAUAAAACAGACUCAGAGUUACAACCUUGGACUAUACAAAUAUAAUAACUUAAUAGUAAACAGUGAAUAAAUGUUAAAUGUGAAUGAAAUGAUUGAAAAUGUAAGCAAUCUGUUUUAAGAUGAGAAAACAAAAUAUUUUCAAGUAAGUGACAAGAUGAUACAGAGCUGAUGUUUAAAGGUACUCGGCUUAUUUCAGUCAAACAGAGAAUGAAACAUAAAUGCCGUUGCUUUAAUUCUUUGACGCUACUAGAGUAGCUUUGCAUGAUUUAUUGUUCAUAGAAAUCCUUAUUUAUCUUAUAGUGGGCCUUUGUGCAACUUCUCAGUUCACUCACUACCUGAAAUAAGCUGUUAUAGCUAUUCUCCCUUUAAGGCACCCUCCCUUUAAUCCAGCUUUUUUCUGAUUCGCUGCCCCUUGCAAACAGAAGGUCUGAAAGGCAGAUGUGUAGGGCUUCUGUGCUCACAGACAAAGCUGUGUGCUCGGGAUGACCGUGUUAAGUAUAUCUGCUCUCUUUGACAUCAUGCAGAUCCAAGUGUGAGCAUUAGCAGAUUGAAGACUGAGAUUUCGGCUCAUGGGGUUACUUGUACAUACACAUACAUAUCAUUAUUUUAAAUGUUUGCCUUGUUUAAUAUAAGAUUUCACCAGUGCAAUAGUAUAUAUAACAGAACACAAGUAAAAGCAUAACUGCUCCAUUUUAAAACAAGAUCUGAUUAGAGCUUCUAAUACAUAAAAUGAUGUAGACGUAACAAAACUUGGUUUGGACAAUGCGUAUAAUCACAAAUAAUGCUUUAAAAAAAUUAUAUGAUGAAAAUGAUGAUGAAAAUCAGUGUUAGAAGCAUUCUAAUGAACAGUAUUUUCCACCAUUGGUAGAAGAGGUUGUCUCUUUCUAAGAAAAUAUCAUGUAGAACAAAAAAGAACACCAGCACCAAAGGGUUCCUUCAUGAAAUGAUCGAUGUGUGGUUAGAAGGUAAGUUCAGAGUCAGCCCACGUACAUAAAUAUUUCAUUUUUUCCCUAUUUCCUGAAGAACUCUGGCAUCAUUGUGGGUUAAAGGCAGCCAAUUAGAUUUAAGUUGAGGUUCUGUCUCAGGCCAAAGAGCAUUAAGUAGAUUUUUAUUGAGCAGUAAUUUGUUAUCCGACAGUCAAGUUUGUAGAGUAUUAAAAUAUGAUUGCAGGGCCUUUUGAACUUGUAAAAUAGAAGCUUUUGUUCUCAUUGUCUUGAACCAAGAUGCUGUGCAACGCUCUCCUUAACAGCACCAUGUGAAUGUAACAAUAGGAAUACGCAUAUUUAUUUAUUAAACGCUGACAGGUGCAGUCAAUCCAGAUCUGACAGCGGCUGCUGUUUACUCAUAUUCCCCUGGUCACAACACUGGCAGAGACGGCUGCAUCAAGUGCAAUGUGUGCAUGUAUGUUUGUGUUUGUUUGUCUGGCCAUCAGCCUUUCACUUUGUCUAAGCUUUGCACCCAGAUGGUACAAGUUACACAAGAUUGAUGUGUGACCUAGAUGCAUCCUGUUAAACCUGUGAAAUAAAGUGAAGGAGUGAACAGGGGAGUGCAAAGUGAGGAUGGAGGAGUUACACAGAGGGCCUAGUUUGGAGGGGUGGGGGCCCCUUAAGCCAAUAAUAAUGAAAUAUGGAGACAGGUCAGCAAGGACUGCAAGGUGGCAGACAAUAACACUGAGGAUGAUAUGACAGGGCAGAUGGAGUGUGAAAGUGAGCAUAAAAGAUUAUGGACAAAAAUGUCAGAAUGUGGUUCAAGCCCGAGCACAAAGAAUGAAUAGAUGCAGCAUGCAUUGCUUCUCUGUUUGCCAGUGAAUGCAAGGCAUUUUGUAUUUCUGUGUCUCCAAGGCAACAUCAUCCUCCAGCAUGUCAAUCAUAAUUGUGGUUGAUUUGUGUGCACACAAAUAGGCUACAUCCACGCACACCUCCUGGCUGGUACGCCGCUUUUUUGUCCUACGAUUAUCCAGAAUAUCGCAUCGCCACGAUUAUUUGAAAUUACCAAAAACAAACGCAGAAAAAAAAAAAAUCAAGUAUGGAGGGGAAAAAAAAAAAAAAAAAA